GUCCCGGAUGCCGUACUACCCGGACAGGAUGUGGCUUUGAAUUACGUUACCAAAAUGUGUUAGCUAAGAACAACGACUUGUAAGCAUCAUGAGAAAAACAUGUUACCACAAGAAAAAAAUAGCUUUUGUAUCAAAGUAGAGGAUCGUGGCGGGGAUGUGGCUACGUUAUGGGAAACGUUUUCGGGAGAAAGAGUCGCCCUUCUCGAGCUUACAGAACAAGACCGAGCGAUUCUGCAACUGAAACAGCAGAGAGAUAAACUGAAGCAUUACCAGAAGAGAGUCACCCUGCAGCUGGAGAAGGAGAGGAGUCUGGCCAAGCAGCUGCUGAAGGAUGGAAAGAAAGAGAAGGCACUGGUUCUUCUCAAGAGGAAGCGUUUAUCAGGAUCAACUGCUAGACAAGACUUGAGAAGCAGAAUAUCACCUGGAAGCAUGGUGAGGCUGAGGCUCUUCUUGGGUCGAUGGGCGUUCAAGACAUUGAGUUUUGUCCAGAUCGAGAUGAAAGUCAUUGAGGGGCUGAAGGUUGGAAAUGACUGUCUGAAGAGUAUGCAUGAGGCCAUGUCUUGA